UUUGGCGCUCUUGUUUACAAGAUGGUCGGGGAGGAUAUUUCGCUCUGACUUAUAAACUGAGAGAGUUCAGAUUUCCUGACGCUGUCAAACUGAAGCUGAAUCACAGCAGAGCGUCUCUGUGUGAUUUAAAGAGAAUCUGAACAGGGUAAAAAGGCGGAAGUGGACUGAAAGCGGAUCAAACACAGAGGCGGUGUCUCUGACUGAAGGAGGGAUUUUUGCACUGUCACUGACAGACUGACAGACAGGCUGUAUCCCUGUACAAAUCACAGACGACUGUAUACUGGGCCUGCAGGAGGAAUCUGAAUCCAGCCGAAUGAACAGAGCGGCUGCAAAGCAUCUAAUCGAGCGCUACUUUCGGCAGUUAACCGAAGGCUGUGGAAAUGGCGCCUGCACGAAUGAGUUUUGCGCAUCGUGUCAUAACUUUCAACCGUUGGAUAACAAUUCAGCAGCAGCCAAAGCGCUCGAGCUGUUUAAGAUUAACGCCAAACUCUGCAAUCCUCACCCCUCCAAGAAAGAGUCCGGUGCCAACGAGGACGACGACAGCUGCAGGAUGAGCGACACGGACCUCUGCGCCUCCAAAGGGGACUCAGAUGUUCAUUACCUCACAGAGAACAGGGUGUGUAUGCUCCUGAGUUCCUGCAAGGAGGAAGGGGACUACUCUGCUCUCGUCCGGGUCAUCGGCAGGGUCUUCUCCAACGCAGAGUCCCUGGUGAAGAGUUUCAGGAAGGAUGAGCCCAACGCCGCCGAGAACUCGUUCAAACUAACAGAUGAAGACGAGGAGAGCCAAAGUGAACAAAGCUCAGAGAAACUGGGCGCUGCUGCUUUACCAGAAGCGAGUCCUCGUGAUACGGACGACCCUCUUGAAGUUAGCGUGGACAUCGAAGCCGUUCGGAGAGUCUACGACAAACUCCUAAACAUCGAGCAGGUGGAGGCGGCUCUCGUGAACGCAAUCAUUUACCUCACUCCAAAUAUGGAACUUGACCUGGAAUACCUUGACGUGUACGAAACAAACCCAGAUUACCUGAAUAUCUUCAUCAUCGUGAUGGAGAACAGUAACCUGCACAGUCCAGAGUACCUGGAAGUUGCGUUGCCGCAGUUCUGCAAAGCAAUGAGCAAACUACCGGUGAGAGCGCUCGCCAGGUUGUCAAAGCUCUGGUCCAUGUACGAACUCCCGCACAUCCGCCGUAUGAUGGAGACCUUCCAGCAGCUCAUCACAUUCACGGUCGUCAGCAACGAGUACGACGGCGACAACCUGGUGAACGAUGACGAGACGGUGGUGGCGGCGACUCAGUGUUUAAAAGUUGUCUUCUACGCAAGUCUCCAGGGCGGAGAUGUGGACGUCGAGCACAACGAGGAGGACGAGGAGGAGUCCGAGUCUGACGAGCUCACCUUGCAUGAGCUGCUGGGUGAGGAGCGGCUCUAUAAGAAGGGUCCCCGGGUGGAUCCUCUGGAGAAGGAACUGUGCGUCAGAUCUUUAGACAGCAUCACGCCCCGCAUCCCUUACGAGGACUUUGUUAACGAGUCCCUGAACGAGGUGGUGGAGAUGGACAAGGACUUCACCUUCUUUAAGGUCAACGCAGAAACCAAGUUUUCUUUCCAGACCUGCCCCUUCAUCCUCAGCGUCAUCACAAAGAGUCAGGGACUGUACUACGACAACAGGAUCAGGAUGUACAGCGAGCGGCGCCUCACCGCCCUCUACAGCAUGGUCCAGGGUCAGCAGCCCAACCCGUACCUCAAACUCAAAGUACGCAGAGAUCACAUCAUCGACGACGCCCUCGUCAGACUGGAGAUGAUCUCCAUGGAGAACCCAUCCGACCUGAAGAAGCAGCUGUUCGUAGAGUUUGAAGGAGAGCAAGGUGUGGACGAGGGAGGUGUUUCUAAAGAGUUCUUUCAGCUGGUAUUGGAGGAAAUAUUUAAUCCAGAUAUAGGUAUGUUCACCUACGACGACAACACAAAGCUGUUUUGGUUUAAUUCGUCCUCUCUGGAGAAUGAAGCUCAGUACACUCUCGUUGGACUCGUCCUGGGGCUGGCUAUUUACAACAACUGCAUCCUGGACGUGCAUUUCCCCAUGGUGGUCUACAGGAAACUCAUGGGCAAGAAAGGGACCGCCUCGGAUCUAUCAGACUCACAUCCAAGCCUUUACCAAAGUUUGAAGAAUUUACUUGAAUACAGCGGCGAUGUAAAAGAAGACAUGAUGCUCACCUUCCAGAUCUCGCACACGGACCUGUUUGGGAACCCGGUCUUAUACGACUUAAAGGAGGAAGGAGAGCAGAUCCCCGUUACGACAGAGAACAGACAGGAGUUUGUGGACCUCUAUGCUGAGUACAUACUGAACAAGAGCGUGGAGCGACAAUUCAGAGCCUUCAAGAAAGGUUUCCUCAUGGUCACAAACGAAUCCCCACUGAAGUAUCUGUUCAGACCGGAGGAAGUGGAGCUGCUUAUCUGUGGAAGCAGGAAACUGGACUUUGAAGCGCUCGAGAAGACGACAGAGUACGAUGGAGGUUAUAGCAAAGAAAGCCAAAUUAUCAAAGAUUUCUGGGAGACGAUCCACUCGUUUGGAGAGGAGCAGAAGAGGUUGUUUCUCCAGUUUACCACAGGCACGGACAGAGCGCCAGUCGGAGGGCUCGGAAAAUUAAAAAUGAUCAUCGCCAAGAAUGGCUCAGAUACUGACAGGCUGCCAACUUCUCACACCUGCUUUAAUGCACUGCUGCUCCCAGAAUACUCCUCCAAGGAGAAACUGAAAGAGAGACUGCUCAAGGCCAUCACUUAUGCCAAAGGAUUUGGGAUGCUGUGACAGUUCCACAAACAGACAAGUUUUCUGACUUUAGUUCAAACAAAGGGAGAUCACAAAAACAGAGAGGGAAACGACGAACAAUGCUGCAAUAACCCCGUGCCUAACCAACCUCAUACUCCGCUGUCAGCCUCUCACUCCAAGGCCUUAAAUCCUUUGAGAGGUAGUUUUAACAAGUGCUUAAAGUAGAAAAAGAAGUGCUGGUGCUCCCCUUAUUCACCUGCUGGCGUGUGUGCAGCCAGUCUCAGUACAUUUAUACAGUUAAUAACAGAUAAGAGACGAUAAUGCAGAUUUUUACAACAUGCAUUUAGUAAGAAAACCACUUCAUUGUGUCACACAAACAAAGAACUCCUGCUUCUCUGCGUCACCACACUCCUGUUCAGUUUUUUUGGAGCCAGGCCAACAUCACUGUCGUCUUCUUUUCACUGUUCAUGUUAAUUUGCUGUUACUCUCCAAUGAAAACAGAUGAGUCAGCAUCGCGUAAAGCCUGCAAAAGGACGACAUCAUCCCAUACUGCACCAUGGAUAAUUUAUUUUGAGGAACUAUAAUGAAUCGCUAAAAGAAACUUGAAUAUGGAGCGGACAGGGAAGGGUAUUGGGAGCUGGUUUGAAGUCCCAGUAUGAUGAAAAUAUCCCAGGGCACCAAGGGGUUAAAUGUAGAAGCUACCGGCCCACUUAAAGCACUGGUUUUAAAUACAGAUCAUACGUUUUCCCAGAGGGUUCAACGCCAUGCUGAAAGGGCAAACCUGGUAUUUUUAAUCCAGAGCCAUCUUUCUUUAAAUGAGGGGGUCUGAAGAAUAAAAAGAUGUAAUGUAAUUCAGCCUGCAGGUCUGUAAGAGACUGUAACUGACCUUAUUCACACUGAAGACAUUUCCCUUCGACAUCAUGCUCAGGGUGGGGAGCUCAAAUGCCUUUAUAAAGUGGUGCUGCAGUGAUCCAGGCUUUUUGGAGCACAUUUUCAGUAUUUACAAUGAUUACUUUAUGAAUCAACAACUGUGACCAGUAAGAAAUCUAGUAAUUUUUUAAAACACUUAUAACACAGCCGCAGUCAAAAACAAGCAGCAACCUCAAAUGUUAAAAAAUGCAUUCAAUGAGGGAGUGCAUAAAACUGCAGUUCCAAAAGUGUCCACUAGAGGCUGGCUGAGAAAUCAUAGGAAUCCCCAUGAUGUCACAAAGUCACAUGUUAAAACGCCAAUUUGUAGCUUAUUUAUUUAUUGUUCACACUCAAAGGGAGGGAGGUUAUCACGCACCUGUUGAGAUCACUUAAAGGGCUAUACAUGAAUCUGCAGAGUUAGGGGCACAGCUGAGUUGCCUGAGUUGUAACUGAAAAACGGCCUCAGCUCCAACUCUGUCUAUUUGUAGGCUGACUAAAAGUUAGGUCGCAUUUCAAACAUGGUACCUGCCAAGCUUUGGCUUUGAAACAUCUCUCCAGAGACAAAUGUCCUUGUUUUUUUGAAGCGUUCUAGUCUGAACUGUAGUUAGCCAGGAAGUGGCUGGAGGUUUAUAACAGUUAGCUUUUUUACAUCAUGCUAAUUGUUCAAUAAGAAAGGCUUGAAUUCAAAGUAAACAUAAGCUUGGAACAAAUAAGUAGUUAAUGUAGAGUAAGGGUUAAUUAAGUUAUGUUAACAAGGACGUGCUUCUUAGUGGCGAGUGGGUUAUGAAAAUAUGGCCAGAUUUCUUUUAAUCAUCAGUUUCUUUUUUAGCUCAGUUUUUAAUCCAAAAGAGGAUAAAGUGACAAAGUAUUUCAGGUACUCGCACAGCAAUAUAACAGCAUUCAAGCGUCCCACCCUGAGUAUGACACAUGAAGAGGAAGACUCCACACGGAGCUCACAUUUGAGAGGGAAUCCUCCCUGAAGCAUGUCCACUGAAAGCUUUUAUUUGUUCCACUGACAGGUUCAGAUCAUUAUUCCAAAAGUUGAACAAAAUUACAAGAAUAAUCUCUAAAAAGUCGAGGUAAAGACGCCUCUUUUUAAACUCAUCAAAGCAUCUGCUGCUUCACCUCGCAGUAGACCGGAGCUGCUCGACUGUCUCUGCCUUCAUCAGCACAUCUUUUUGUGUUCUAUGACAAAUUAAGUCACCUUUCAAAACACAAAAGUCACAUACUGUAGAAAGAAUGUACAGUAAAGAGGUGGUAAUGCAGAUCAGCACUGUAACAAGGUGAGCAAGACUCUGACAUAACCAGCCUUUUAUUGUUCUAAUUCACAUUAAAGUGAACAUUUCAAUGAAGGUAACGUUAGAUAAGGUCAAGAAGAUUUCCGUUGACUUUUCUGUCCUCAUUCAGCUCUCGGUCUUGUCUGAGCUUUGCAGAUGAGGCAAAUGUCACAACCUUUAACACUUGCUAUUAUCCCCUCUGCUUCUGGUUUAAGUGACUUUGUAGAGAUCAGCAGCUUAGAGAUGCUCUCUCCAGCUCUGGAUCACAGGACAGUAUGUUGCUCCACUUCUCCCUCUCAGAGGUGGUUGGGGUCCAGUAGCUCCUCAGGCUGAGACCACAUCUGUCCUUAUCUCCCCACUCUCAGGACCAGCCUGAGACCACACUAACGUUUUUACCACAGUGUCAACAGGCAGAGGGGAGAUUUAGACUCCUCCCUACCACCUCUUUUCAGAAUUAAACACUGUUGCUGUGGGGUUUUGACCAAUCAGAAUUAAGUAUCCAACACAGCUGGGUAACAUAGCACAAAUAAGUGAGGCAGCUCCUGCUUUCCACAUCAUAAAACUUCAGUGGAGUCCGGUGUAGAGCAAGAUUUGACUUCAGUUUCCAUCUUUGUGAAAAGUCUUUUAAUUCUAUAAAAAGGUCUGUCUCAGGAGCACUUCAAGUACAAAUCUGAGCCUGUCUGAGAGAACCUUUUUGUGGUUUAGACCCAGGAGUGUGUAAAUAUGAAACAGGUCCAGGUUUAAAAAUACCAGAUGUCCCUUUGCGUCUUCUUCCCUCCUGUGUGUUUCUUUUUCUUUUGAACAAGAACAUUUGAGUUGUGAAACUGUGAAAGUGCACUUACACACAUGAAUUUAGCGAAUGUCAGCACAUGCCGUACUUUUAUUGACGUGGUUUCUUAUGUUUUGUUUUCCUUCCUGACGUAGCAGUAUUCAGUCGUCAGCCUCUCUCCCCACAGCGGAGUGAACUGACUCAUGGUGCUCCUGGUUAUGAUUGUCAUUGUAGUCAACUGAAGUGAAGCAUUUUAUAUUACUGCUAGCCCAAAUAGCCGCACUGACACGCCAAUAUUUAAACUAUUUACUGUCAGUGUACGAACAAAGAGAACUCGUGACUAACUUGAGGGUUAUUUUCUAGUGUUUCUGUGUUGUGCCUCUUGUUUUACCUAAUCAUAGUAUUUAAAACGAUAUUACAUGAGUACUGUGUGUCAUGAAGAAGUGAACCUGCCUGCAUAGAGUAGUUUGGAUUGCUUGCAGGUUUUCAGGAUGUACUGCACUAAACUGACUGGUCGGUUCAGACUUUGACAUCCUGACAGAAACGUUCCUUUUCCUUUGGUUUGUGUGCUGUUGAGUGAUUUCUGAUUGCACAUUUGUAAGUGAAGUUGCCAAAUGUGCAAUGCCUGCAUAAGGGAAAGAGUCACAUGACGUGUUUAGUUUGGCCACAUAUCUCAGGUAUAUAAAGAAUGUGCAGAUAAUGUGAAGCUCUGAUGUAAAGCAAAUAUUAUGCAAAGAAAAUAAAGGAGAAAAAAUCAAA